UUCCUAUUAUCGCUCUCUGUCUAAUCCUGCUUAUCUCUCCGCCGUCUUAAUUCUAUGAUUCCUCCCUAGAAAAUCUAAAUAAAUCACGAUGGCUUUGAAUCGCUCCUUCAAAUUGAAUUCGGGACACAGUAUCCCGGCUGUGGGCCUUGGGACAUGGCAGUCAAAACCAAACGAGGUCAAACAUGCUGUUGUAGCAGCGCUGAAAGCUGGAUAUCGCCAUAUCGACGCUGCAGCUGCAUACGGUAAUGAGAUAGAGGUUGGAGAGGGGAUUAAGGCGUCAGGGGUAAAUAGGAAGGACAUUUUUAUCACGAGCAAACUCUGGAAUACGGACCACAAGCACGAAGAUGUCGAACGCGCCCUCGAUACUACAUUGAAAGAGCUUCAAACGGAUUAUCUUGAUCUGUAUCUGAUCCAUUGGCCGGUUGCAUUUGCCCAUUCCUCUCAACGAUUUCCGGUUAAUCCAAGCUCAGGUCGAAUCCAAGUCAUCGAUGUUCCUAUAGCUGAUACAUGGAAGGCCAUGGAAGCUCUGGUUAAAAAGGGAAAGGUUAGAAGUAUUGGUGUUAGCAAUUUCACACGAGCCAGGAUCGAAAAUCUUUUAUCCAGCGCAGUUAUUCCGCCUGCAGUCAACCAAGUCGAGGCACAUCCGUAUUUCCAGCAGCCAGAACUCUUAGAAUGGCUAAAUAAAAUGAACAUCCUUGUGGAAGCGUACAGCCCACUUGGAAAUAAUAUAUACAGUCUCCCAAGGGCUGUAGACGAUCCAGACAUUGUUUCUCUAGCCAAGGAUCUCAACAGGCAACCCGCUCAGCUUUUGAUCAGCUGGGCUGUCCAAAGAGGCACUGUCGUGCUCCCAAAGAGUAUCACCGAAUCGCGUAUCAAAGACAACUUUCAAGACUUUAAACUUCCCCAGGAUGCAUUUGAUAAAAUCACGGCGAUGAAUCGAAACUGCAGGUACAACUUCCCAGCUCGUUGGGGUGUGGAUGUUUUCAGUGAGGUCAGCCAAGAGAGCUUAGAGAAAAGUGUAGAAGAGUGGUUGGAGGGACAGAGAAAGUUGAAAGUAACCUAGAUGAUCGGUCUUCGGCCACACAAUGAGAUAGGCGGCCAUUUACGUAGACAGUGCUCAAAUUACUCAAUGUUACUCUGCUGCCGAAUCCAUCCAUAGCAAAGUUAGCUCAUUCUCGCCAGACGGGACUUGCAGUUCCUAAAAGCCGCC